AUGGAAGGCACCAGGCAGAGCGCUUUCCUCCUAAGCAGCCCACCCCUGGCAGCCUUGCAUAGUAUGGCAGAGAUGAAAGCCCCUCUGUACCCUGCUUAUACGCUCCCUGUUCAGGCAUGUUCUUCAUCCACUUCUUCUUCUUCCUCUUCAUCUUCAUCAUUGUCCUCUUCUCCAUCACCACCCCUGGGCUCCCCGACGCAGCUCACACACAAACACUCAUCCUCUCCCCCAUCUAGUGGAGGGCUUUCUUUGGGGACACCUCCACUACAAAUUUCAGCAGCCACCCCACAUGGCAUCAAUGAUAUUUUAAGUCGCCCUAUAGUUUCUUGCCUACCCUCUCUGGCUCUCACCACCUCCUCCUCGGCCUCCUCUGCUGCAGUGGCCUCCAGCUCUUCACCUGCCGGAAUUCUGGCGGGUUUACCAAGAUUUAGCAGCCUGAGCCCCCCUCCGCCCCCGCCUCCUGGUCUCUACUUCAGUCCCAGCGCUGCCAUGGCAGUGGCACGGUACCCCAAGCCUCUUACUGACCUGCCUGGAAGGACUCCCAUCUUUUGGCCUGGAGUAAUGCAAAGUCCGCCCUGGAGAGAUGCUCGGCUCGCCUGCGGCCCCCAUCAGGGCUCUGUGUUGCUAGACAAGGAUGGAAAGAGGAAACACACCAGGCCCACUUUUUCUGGCCAACAGAUCUUCGCUUUGGAGAAGACUUUCGAACAAACGAAAUACCUAGCUGGGCCGGAGAGAGCCCGGCUUGCCUAUUCCCUGGGCAUGACAGAGAGCCAAGUGAAGGUAUGGUUCCAGAACAGGAGGACCAAAUGGAGGAAGAAACAUGCAGCUGAGAUGGCCACAGCUAAAAAGAAGCAGGAUACAGAGACUGAGAGGCUGAAGGGAGCUUCUGAUAACGAGGAGGAGGAUGAUGACUACAACAAACCGCUGGACCCCAACUCAGAUGAUGAAAAAAUCACUCAGCUCCUGAAGAAACACAAAUCAAGCAGCGCCAUACUUCUCCAACAGUCUGAAAAUGACAGCUCUUCUUAG